CUGUCUGCUGUUAAUCGUGUGCUAGAUGAGGCCAAGAUUGAAAGGUCUCAGAUAAAACAAGUCCUCCUAGUCAGUGUGUCUUCUCGCGUUCCUAUAAUACAGCAACUACUAUUGUCGCUUUUUGGUGGAGUGAUCCUUUUGAGGGCUAACAAUCCCGAUGAAGUUGAGGUUUCUGGAGUUUCUAUCGCAACUACUAUGGUGAGAGAGGGCCAGGAUAACCCCAGUGCUCUUUACUUGUUGGGAAAGUCCUCCCGGCAAGCAUCGGGGUUCAGUCAACAGGGGGCGUCAUGGCGCCAAUAUUGCGUUGGAAAAGUCAAGUUCCUGUUUGCGUGGGCGGCAAACUACGUAUAAGGCAAGACACUAAGAUAUUUCUAUCUUUGAAGGAGAACUAAAAUGGACCAAGAACAACAAGUUCUGGCUGAAAUCAGC